AUGGAAGUUCUUGUAGCAAUUUUUGCUCUGUCCCUUCAUCACAGAGCAGAGGGUGUAAGUCUAGGAAUUUCACUUGCUCAUGUACAAAAGUCAAAAUUACUUAAAAGAUCUGCUUUCAAAGGUAGCAGUCAGCAUGAUGAUUCUGGUGGCAGAGCUAAUGGCUCAAAGUCAUUAAAUAUUCCCUUCGAAGUUUCUUAUUUGCUACACAAGAGUGAAGAGCUCUCUGUGAACACUUUAAAGGAUCUACAGCUGCGCCAAUCUGUUUCAACGUACUGUGGCGGCGCUCGUGGCGGCGGCGGUGGUGUUGUUGGUGGCGGCGGAGUGAGGGAGUCCGAGUGCUUUUGCUCUACAAUGGCCACAACUCAGAAAAAGGCGACGCUUCCUGCUCCGAACACGGCUAAUUGUUUCGCCAAUUUAGCCUCCGUAGUCCGUCGAGAGUCGGCGUCGGCCGCCCCCGCUGCUGAUUGGAAGGUGGCUGCCGCCACCGCCUCCGCGGAAGAGAAUCCGAGCAAGAGAGCAACCGCCGUCGUGUCGUCCUUGAUUGGACCGGAGCUUUCUUCUAGUGCUUCCAGUAAAGAUUAUGCCUAUGAUAUUCGUCAAGUUAGCUUUAGAAACAGACUGUUCUUUCUAAUAAUUGGCUUAGAUGAGGACGUGCAGGAGAAAGAUGAUUUAGUAAAAAGAAAAGGGAUCCAGAUCAUGACAAGGGCUCAAACUAAACAUCCUUUGGAUCCUUUAUCAGCUACUGAAAUCUCUGUGGCUGUGGGGACUGUUAGAGCAGCUGGAGCUACUCCUGAGGUCAGAGAUAGUAUGAGGUUUAUUGAAGUUGUUCUGUUGGAACCAGAUAAACAUGUUGUAGCACUUGCAGAUGCUUACUUCUUUCCCCUUUUCCAACCAUCAUUGUUGCUUAGAACUAAAGGGGGGCCUGCAAUUCCUAGCAAGCUCCCUCCAAGACGAGCCAGACUAGUUGUCUACAAUAAGAAGUCCAAUGAGACUAGCAUGUGGAUUGUGGAGUUGACAGAAGUGCAUGCAACAACUCGAAGUGGACACCAUCGAGGAAAAGUCAUUUCCUCUACAAUCAUCCCUGAUGUUCAGCCUCCAAUAGAUGCUACAGAAUAUGCUGAAUGUGAAGCUGUUGUCAAAGAUUACCCUCCAUUUAUAGAGGCAAUGAGGAAAAGGGGUAUUGACGAUAUGGAUUUGGUCAUGGUUGAUCCUUGGUGUGUUGGUUACCACAGUGAGGCUGAUGCUCCCAGCAAUAGGCUAGCAAAACCACUUAUAUUUUGCCGGACAGAGAGUGACUGCCCCCUGGAAAAUGGUUAUGCACGACCAGUUGAAGGAAUUCACGUGCUUGUUGACAUGCAGAAUAUGGUGGUUAUCGAAUUUGAAGAUCGUAAGCUUGUCCCUUUACCUCCAGUGAUCCACUUAGAAAUUAUACUUCUGUGGAAUUUUCGUAUUGGUUUCACCCCGAGAGAGGGUUUGGACAUUCAUUCUGUUGCAUAUGUUGACGGUAGUCGGGGAAGGAGACCGAUAGCCCAUAGGUUGAGUUUUGUGGAGAUGGUUGUUCCAUAUGGGGACCCUAAUGAUCCCCAUUACAGAAAAAAUGCAUUUGAUGCCGGGGAAGACGGUUUGGGGAAGAAUGCUCAUUCGCUAAAGAAGGGAUGUGACUGUCUGGGAUAUAUAAAAUACUUUGAUGCUCAUUUUACUAACUUCACUGGAGGAGGUGAAAUUAUUGAAAACUGUGUAUGCUUGCACGAAGAAGAUUAUGGAAUCCUAUGGAAGCAUCAGGAUUGGAGAACUGGCCACGCUGAAGUCCGAAGGUCAAGGCGUCUCACUGUUUCUUUUAUCUGCACUGUGGCUAAUUACGAUUAUGGAUUCUACUGGUACUUUUAUCAGGCAAGU